ACUAUCCCUUGUUCAUUCUCUUCUCUUAUCUUCUCUAUCCUUCCCCUCAGCGUCACACCACACUGCCUCUUCAUAGAGUCAUACCACUGUUGCUUAUCUCUUUUCAUAUCGUACCACUCCACCAUAGACUCUUCCUUUGUCUUAUAAGCUUCGCGCCAAGAGCACCAUGUUCAACACCGAACACUACAUACCACCGGGCUCAUCUCAUUCAGACGUCGAAAUGUUAACACCUCCGAAGAUUGAGGAUGAGAAGAAGCUUAGCCCGGUGGGUAUCCGGGAGAGGCUUCGUCAUUUCACCUGGGCCUGGUACACCUUAACCAUGAGUGGAGGAGGGCUGGCCGUCCUCAUCAUCAGUCAGCCCUUUGGGUUCCGCGGAUUGAAAGAGAUCGGCAUCGCAGUCUACAUCCUCAAUCUGAUCCUCUUCGCCCUUGUCUGCUCUACUAUGGCUCUAAGGUUCAUCCUGCACGGCAACCUUCUCGAGUCCCUCCGCCAUGACCGCGAGGGUCUCUUCUUUCCGACCUUCUGGCUCUCUGUCGCAACCAUCAUCUGCGGCUUGUCUCGCUACUUCGGUGAAGAACCUAGUGAAUCCUUCCAACUAGCCCUCGAAGCCCUCUUCUGGAUCUACUGUUUCUGCACCUUGCUCGUCGCUAUCAUACAAUACUCCUUCGUCUUCUCUUCCCACAAGUAUGGCCUUCAAACCAUGAUGCCUUCAUGGAUCCUCCCAGCCUUCCCCAUCAUGCUCAGCGGCACCAUCGCCUCCGUCAUCGGUGAACAACAGCCCGCUCGCGCAGCCCUCCCCAUCAUCGGCGCCGGUGUCACCUUUCAGGGCCUCGGCUUCUCCAUCAGCUUCAUGAUGUACGCCCACUACAUCGGCCGACUGAUGGAGUCCGGGCUCCCUCACAGCGACCACAGACCAGGCAUGUUCAUCUGCGUCGGACCCCCAGCCUUCACAGCCCUAGCCCUCGUCGGCAUGACCAAAGGCCUCCCCGAAGACUUCAAGCUGCUACACGACGCCCACGCCUUGGAAGACGGACGUAUCAUUGAGCUGUUGGCCAUCUCAGCCGGCGUCUUCCUCUGGGCCCUGAGUCUCUGGUUCUUCUGCAUCGCCAUCGUUGCCGUCAUCCGCUCGCCGCCCAAGGCCUUCCACCUCAACUGGUGGGCCAUGGUCUUCCCCAAUACCGGCUUCACCCUGGCCACCAUCACCCUAGGCAAAGCACUCAACAGUAACGGCGUGAAGGGCGUCGGAUCCGCCAUGUCCAUCUGCAUCGUGUGCAUGUACAUCUUCGUCUUCAUCAACAACGUCCGCGCCGUGAUCAACAAGGAUAUCAUGUACCCGGGUAAAGAUGAGGAUGUAUCUGACUAGACCGCACCCUCCAUUCUUCCUACCUUACCCCCCUUACGUCCAUACAACCAUCCCACAUGUCCAUACAUUUACAUAUACAAUUCCCCCUCCUCCUCUUCACCCUCCCCCAUCUAUCCAGUUUAGAUGUUACUUCCAUUCAUCAGCCU